AAAACAUCCUUGCUGACUCUUUCAUUAUGAAUUCUUAUGAUAGUCUUUCUAAAUUUGUUAAAUAAAUUGAUACGUUUCUUUAGAAAUCUACAACAUAUGACUUGAUGUUGUGUUGAAAAGGAGGUUGGUGGAGUGGCAAGCCUACACUGUCAUGUGACAAGUUUCACAAACUAUUGGGAAAAACAUUACAACAUUAAACCCACAUUCUAAGAUGAUAUUAAAGUCUAUCCUAGAUCUAUUAACAGGUCACCUACCAUAUUAUCUACACACUAAACCCGAAAGUACUGGGCGUGAGGGAAUAUAUUGGGAAAAACCUAAGUCCCACAUCGGCUAGAGUAGCUUUUGGAGUUGAAUUAGGCCCAAACUCAUAUUAUAAGUGGAGGACAACCCUCAUCCUAUGAGUUAGCUUUUGGGGUUGAGUUAGGUCCAAACUCAUAUUAUAAGAUGAUAUCAAAGUCUAUCUUAGAUUCAUUAAAAGGGUCACCUACCAUAUUAUCCAUGCACUAAGCCCAAAAGUGUCUGGGCAUGAGGGGGUGUAAUGGGAAAAAAUCAAGUUCCACAUUGGCUAGAGUAGUGUCAAGAUAGAGUAUAUAAGUGAGUGACAACCUUCAUCCUAUGAGCUAACUUUUAGGAUUCAGUUAGGUCCAAACCUACAUUUUAAGACAAACUAUCAUUUGCUCUUUUGAUUUGUUCUCUGUGUGCAUGAAUUUUAUUGUUCGGUUCUUCAACAGCCAGUUCUUAGACAAAGUUGAGGAGAAGUUCCCCAAAGAUGCUGAAUUAAUUGUUGCAUGCCAGAAGGGACUGAGAUCACUUGCUGCUUGUGAACUACUGUAUAAUGCUGGCUAUAGAAAUCUGUUUUGGGUUCAAGGAGGAUAUGAAGCUGCUGAAGGAAAGGAUCUCAUUGUAGAGGGCCCAGUGCCUCUCAAGUUUUCUGGAAUUGGUGGAGUUUCAGAAUUCCUUGGGAUAUGGUUGCAAAUUUCCGACUUCAUAAUUAUUUCCAGUUGGACUGAUCAACAAAGAGCAGCUGCAGCCAAGGAAGGUUGGGGAUAUAGAUUAGUGUUUUCUGCACGCCUGAUUGGAGUCUUUCUCGUUGCCGAUGCCCUAUAUAUUGGUGCUCAGCAAAUUGGGCGCUAUCUUCAGGAUAUCUGGACCCAUUGAGGUAUGCUUUUGGUUAAUCCUCACGGAGACAAUAUUCCUUGUGGAUAAGCAUAUGCAGACAGCAGGCUAAGGAACUCAAUUUUGAAUGCUGACCCUUGGCAGAGGCUUUCCGAGAUUAUCAUAAUUGCCCCCAUCUUUUCUCACUACUGGAUUUUAAUGUAGGUUUCUUCCAUGUAGCUAUGUAUUAAUACCUUUUUUGUACAAAUGGUUGUGUUUUUCUUAGAAAUUUCCUUAACAAAAAAAUAAUAAUGAUUGUGUCCUAUUACUGUUCCAUUGAUGUUACUGUUUUGGUUAUGCGUAUGUAUGUAUUGUAACUGGCCCUGCAUUGUAUGAUAUACUAACUAGAUUAAUUCUGAAUCCUGGUUAUAUUGCUGCA